ACACCCAAGGAGCAGCUCCAAGUCCUCACUCCUGUUUUGUCAGCGUUGCUAGCGGUUAGCCGCCGCUUUAUAUACCUGUAUUUGGGCGAGUCCAACAGAUGUGAUUAGUCUAUUCAGUUAAUUCAGUAUUUGAAACCUUAAAUCUGAGGAAGAUGCAGGAUGACGCGCGCUACCUCAAACGCAAAGUGACUGCGGGCAGUUUGGAUGUCCACCCGACGGAGAAGGCCCUGGUGGUCCACUAUGAGGUGGAGGCGUCCAUCCUGGGAGAGAGUGGAGGUCAUAUGCUGGGCGAACGCAAGGAGGGACAGAAGAUUAUCCGUGUGAAAAGUCUUUCUCCCAGUACAGAUGUGGGAGCUUUGGCCAAGAAAGUAGUGGAGGAGUGUAAACUCAUCCCUCCAUCUCGUUUGCCUCAAGUGGAGCAGCUCCUCUACUACCUGCAGAACAGGAAAUCCUCCCCUGUGGAAGGAAAAGUGGAAAAGAAAGAGAAAAGAACAGUAAAGCCCAGAGAACUGACACCGUUUGAAGGAAUGGAGUUAAAUGAAGAAGCCAGUAUCACCAGAGUGGACGAGUACGUUGAGCUGCUCUAUGAAGGCAUCCCAGAGAAGAUCAGAGGCUCUGCUCUCAUUCUGCAACUCGCCCGCAACCCUGAUAACCUGGAGGAGCUGCUGCACAACGAGGCAGCUUUAGGUGCUUUGGCCAGAGUCCUGAGGGAGGACUGGAAGCAGAGUGUAGAACUGGCCACCAUCAUUAUUUACAUCUUCUUCUGCUUCUCCAGUUUCUCCCAGUUUCACGGCGUGGUGAGUCAUUAUAAAAUCGGUGCGUUGUGUAUGAGCGUAGUGGAACAUGAGCUGAAGAGACACGAUGUGUGGCGGGAGGAGCUCCGCAAGAAAAACAAGGCUUGUGAGUCGGCACCAGAGAACGGCUCUCUGAGAAGAGACCAAGACAAAGCCAUGAGGAAAUACCAAGGUCUUCUCGCCAAGCAGGAGCAGCUCCUCAGAGUGUCUCUUUACCUCUUGCUGAACCUCGCUGAGGACACGAGGACGGAGCUGAAGAUGAGGAAUAAAAACAUCGUUGGUCUGCUGGUCAAAGUUCUGGACCGGGAUGACGAGGAGCUGCUGGUUCUGGUGGUUUCAUUCCUCAAAAAGCUGUCCAUCUUCCUGGAGAACAAGAAUGACAUGGCUGAGGUGGACACUGUGGAGCGACUGGCUCGUCUGGUUCCCUGCGACCAUGAAGACUUGUUAAACUUGACUCUGCGUCUGCUCCUCAACCUCUCCUUCGACUCUGGACUCAGGGGCAAGAUGGUGGAAGUUGGGCUGUUGCCUAAACUGACUGCAAUGCUGGGUGAUGAGAGCAACCGGCAGGUCGCCAUGCGCAUCCUGUAUCACAUCAGCAUCGACGACCGUUUCAAGGGCAUGUUUGUUUACACCGACUGCAUCCCUCAGUUAAUGCGGAUGCUGUACGAGCACGGUGAGGAGGAAAUCGAAGCAGAGCUCAUCUCUAUCUGCAUCAACUUGGCUGCAAACAAGAGGAAUGCACAACUCAUGUGUGAAGGAAAUGGACUGAAGAUGCUCAUGAAGAGAGCUCUGAAGAUGAAAGACUGCCUUCUAAUGAAGAUGAUCAGAAACAUCUCACAACAUGACGGACUAACAAAGCCGCUGUUCUUAGACUACGUUGGAGACCUGGCAGCAGAGAUCCGUGCAGAGGAAGAGGAGGAGUGGGUUCUGGAGUGUCUGGGGACUCUGGCCAAUCUCACAAUCGCUGACCUGGACUGGGAGCUGGUGCUGAAGGAGUACAACCUGGUGCCUUACCUCAAAGACAGACUCAAACCAGGCUCAGCAGAAGAUGACCUCAUCCUGGAGGUGGUGAUUAUGAUCGGAACAGUCUCCAUGGAUGAUGCCUGUGCUGCCAUGUUGGCUAAAUCUGGAAUUAUCCCAGCCCUUAUUGAGCUGCUGAAUGCCCAGCAGGAGGACGAUGAGUUUGUGUGUCAGAUCGUCUACGUCUUCUACCAGAUGGUGUUUCAUCAGGCGACACGAGACGUCAUCAUCAAAGACACGCAGGCUCCAGCCUACCUGAUAGACCUGAUGCAUGACAAGAAUGCUGAGAUCAGAAAAGUGUGCGACAACACCCUCGAUAUUAUUGCUGAGUACGAUGAGGAGUGGGGGAGGAAGAUCCAAUCAGAGAAGUUCCGUUUCCAUAACAACCAGUGGCUGGAGAUGGUCGAGAGUCGCCAAGCUGAUGACUCUGAACCGUAUCUCUAUGACAACGACAACGACAGGACCGAUCUGUUCUACAGUGCAGAUGGAAUAACUCCAGCAGACGGAUCAGUCAGCCCAGAUUUCUUCGGUGAUCUGCAGCCUCAGAAUGGAGACUUGCACCAUGCGGGAGAUCCGGGCGACGUCUUCGACCAGACCAGCUCAUCUCCUGGACGACCGGCCACCGCCUACGGCUUCAGACCCGAUGAACAGCCCUUCUAUCAGUACUCAUAGACACACACAUCCUGUCUUCUUAGAACUGUUCCUCUAUACCUUCAUGCAUGUGCAAGUCAUUUCACCGCUCCACUCCCCUUAUCACAACUGAAUUGUUGUAGUUACUCAGACAGAAGUCGACACAAACACUGCAGAUUUUAAACUUCGAUAAACUGCAGUUUCAUGCAGUCACUUUUUAUUUAGGCCUGUCAUUCAUUCACUAUUGUCUCACACAGAUAGGCUAAGUCUUCCUUGCCCCAGUCUUCUUCUAGUCUGCAAAUACUUUAAAGAAUGUGAACACACUUGACAUUUCUGAUGAUCUUAUGUUGGUUUUGCCAGUUUUUUUUCCUAUGUACCACUUCGAAUCCACUGAAAAACGCAUUCAACUCCAUUGUUGGAGGGUUGUUGGUGUCGUUUUAUUAACAUAGACGACAAUGUACAUACAUCUGUUCUGGUCUGUGCCACUGUAAAAUGGCCUGUUGUUACAGUUUAAGGUGCUUUCACACUGGUAGGUUAGUCCACAAACUGAGUAAAGAUCAUAAUUAAUUCUUCUUUUUGCAGCAUUUGUCAUUGUCCUCCAGUUUCCUCCAUAUAUGUCGGAAAAUCUGCUGGUAAGGUUCAAAGUCAGAGUUUAAAAACCCAGUGGAAAAAUGGUUUAGUGUUAUACAAACGGAAGCAGAGGUUCAGUCUCUUCAUUUAACAACUGUAUAAUAAAACGAUGUUUGCCUUUGAGUCACAAGUAGGGCAGAAAUGAUCCGACUCUACUGGACAGGGCUCUGCUUUUUCUUCAGCUGUAGGAAACCAACCUUCCUGACUGAACCGGCUUUAAGCUCAUUUUAUAGGAAGAGAAGAUGUGAUUUUCUCCAUCCAUCCAUCCAUCUUCUACCGCUGGUCCGGGUCGGGUCGCGGGGGCAGCAGCUUUAGGAGGGAAGCCCAGACCUCCCUCUCCCCGGCCACAUCAUCUAGCUCCUCCCGGGGGACCCCAAGGCGUUCCCAGGCCAGCUGGGAGACAUAGUCUCUCCAGCGUGUCCUGGGUCUUCCCCGGGGCCUCCUCCCAGUGGGACGUGCCCUAAACACCUCACCGGGGAGGCGUCCGGGGGGCAUCCUAAUUAGAUGCCCCCCGGACAUCUAAUUAGCAUGUCCGGAAAAUCACAUCCUAAUUAGGAUGUGAUUUUCUCUUCUGGCAAAUUUAUAAAAGCAUCCAUAAUCUACAGUGGCUCCACUCCAGUUGCCUUGUGGCUGUUGAAGUAAGAAGAAAGCUCUACAUGUUGAGUUCCAUUCACUCAUACUAGAAAUCUCUAAGGAGUUUGUGGGUGUUUUAGCUCCUCCUGGCACAUUUUUGCUCAUUUUCCACAGCCACGUAAAGCUCUGCACCUCUACGGAAACACCGUGGCUGGAGACAGAGAGAGAUGAAAAUGAUCUUCAAAGUGUUAAUGCUGUAAGGUUUCUGUUUCUGUGUGCGCUGAGAUUACUCUGCACAGCAACCUCUGACGUCAUCAUCAGGCAUCACAUCAUUUCUCAUGUCUUAACAGCAGUGAAAUCAGGAGACUGGGGCCUUGGAGAAUGAAGGUUUUUGCUGUUGUCGUAAAGGCGGAGUAAGCUAUUAUUAGGAAUGUUAAUAUGUGAACUCUAAACGAAAGCACCCGUCACUUCAGUGAAAACAAAUCUGGAUUUGAAAGACACGCAAAUCGAAAGACAAUGGGGUGAAAACUAGACGGAGUUCACUGUUGAGUUUGACAAAAGUUUAUUGCAUUAUUAUGGCUUACUCUACUUUAAAGUCAACAUUACUGUUGUGUUUUCAUGUUGAUGGAUAUCUACAGUCUUGCCAGUGUCCUGUACAAGUGUCAGGUUUAUUACCACAACUUUAGUACACUAACAUGUUCAAUAAAGUGCACUAGAUGCUCACCGAUGUAAAUAUCAGUCCUGUUUUGGAGCCGCUCAUGUUCCUUUUUAGGAAUGGCACUUUCUGCUGGACAACAGAGCAGCUUCACGUCUGAAUGUAUGAACCUGAAUUAAAAAUGUUAAAUAAAUGAUAAAAUAUAUCGUGCCACUGAAUGAAUUGAUGGUCUGUUUGCAGGACACUGGCAGUUUAAUGACGUACUGUAUUACUUUCAGGCAUAUUUGUACAUAUAGUUAAAAUUCAUGGCAUGCUAGAUUUUGUUUUUUUUAUCAUAAAUUAUUGUUUUUUAAUGUAUAUUACUGUUUGCUUUUUUUAAAUGACUGAUUUUAUUGCUUUGUAACGACACUGUAAACAAAAGUAAUUACUGGAGUAUAGAUGCUCUCCAUCUGUCACUUUCUUUCAUCCUCAGGUUCUUCAUUAAAAAAAGAAGCAACA